AUGGCCUCAAGUUUGAUCAAACAUUCAUCGUUAGCCACCUUGCUUCCUACAGAAUUACUUUCAGCUAUCUUCGUAGAAUGUGCCAGCCUCCCCGAUCACGACUUCGACCCCUUGUCCCACUAUGCACCAAUGGACUUUCACACGUGUAGCCGCGAAUGUCUCUCGUGGCUCAUUGUCACCCACCUGUGUCGCCGCUGGAGAUUGAUAGCCCGCUCGACGCCAUCGCUGUGGACCGUAGUUCCUCUUUUCGACCUCAAAUGGACGCGGGAGAUGAUAAGCUGCGCUGGAGCAUUGCCUCUGACCAUCCAGGCUGACAUGUCACUCCUUCUCCAACCUUUUGACGGUCUGCGGGAGGUUCUCAAUCACAUCGGACGCAUACGGGAUUUUCGACUUUCAGAUGGUGGGUUGAGAGAUGAAGCAAUAAAACUUUUUGAAGGUAUUCAUCCGGAUACGGGCGGUCCCCAUGGUCUUGAACGGCUUUGCCUCCGGUCCGACGACAAUACAGGAUCCCAGGAUUCGCGGCUACCCUCGAACAUAUUUCACCCAACAGUCCCGUCGUUGAAGAGGCUGCGUCUAGAUAAUUGGGCUCUGGACUUCCUGGUGGCAUCUCCUGCGCUCCAAAACCUUACUCAUCUCCAGCUCAUCUCCAUCGACUACGUCGACUACGACAUCAUGGAUUUUAUGACUGCUUUGGCAGCAAUGGGCCAUCUCCAAGCGCUGACCCUCAUUCAUUCGUUCUAUCCUCAUGAUGAAGUUCCAUCGUACGAUAUCGCCUUGCCCAGCCUGACCUGCGUCGACAUGGAGAACGACCAUCUAGUGGAUUGUAACGCUCUCUUCGCCAAUUUCCGUUUAUCCCGUCCCCUCGAUCAAUUCCGACUACACUUCAGUCAGUUCGGGUCUUUUGAACAGGAAAUAUCUGUCCUUCGUUCUAUGAUCCAGCAGAGUAAGACGCUGGAGGAGGGCUCAGACGGUAGACUGUCUAGCGUGGACCAUUACCUUACCGGCCUUUCUUUCGGGCAUUUUUCCUUAACGCAAGGAAGCGUCCGGUUUGAGCUCUCGGUGCGGGCACCCAGUGGCCGCCGUUCCCCUGUUCAGUUUACGGGGCGGAGCUGGCAGCCACCGGCGUUCUCUUUGGGCUGCGGCUGCUUUGUUGAACAAGCAGAGUCAUUCCUCUCUAACAUGCUCGGGAUUGUAUCACUUCAAUCGGUCUGCUUUGCCACCUUCUUCGGAUACGACACGCCUCAGCCAUGUUGGGAUGUCUUAUGCAGGGAGCUCCCCUCCGUACGGGUACUUUUAGUCUUAGGGUGCAGUGUCGAGAGCAUGGCGCGGGCGCUCAUGCCUGUACCCGGACAGGACCUCCCCGCUCCCAGCCUCCGACGCAUGCUGCUGUUUGAUGUCAGGGUCGACACAUAUCGUCGCGAGGGCGUGCCCUCUCUUCGGGAACUUGCUGACGCACGGCAAGCUCGAGGGUCUCCGUUGGAGGUUUUGGAGAUGAAUCCACAUGCUGCGAUGGGAGAGAGAGCAAGGGACUGGGCUGCCUUUCAGAGUCAGGGGCUCGACAUCGUGUGGGACGUGGUUAGAGGGUCAUUAGGGCAAGGAUGCAAUAUAUGA